GCCAGAUUUCUCUUAUGUCGAAAAAUGAUGAGCCGUACUCGGAAAAUUUACCAUCGAAAUCUGAGGCAGCAAUGUGUGACAAGAAUUACGAGGAACACAUGAAGUAUGUGGAAGCGAAAACAGCCGUCGUUCUUUUGAAAGAUUCACGGUUAUGCACCAAGAACGAAUAUACCCAAUGGAUCCUAAAGACCAUCUUUCAACCACUUUUAAAACGAAAAUACGAGACAAUGGAUAUUUUGUAUCUUUCCAGAAAUCGACGACGAAUAUGGAAGACUGAUACGACCAACCAUAAUCAUGAACGCGGCAACACGUCGCGUGCUUCUUUAGCUCAGCAUCCAGUACCCGAACCAUCGAAGCCUGCCGGUCAUACUUAUGUAUUAACCCCUCGUACCAACAUCAUGACAUUAACCAGCGAAUAUCGCAUGGUUUAUGUGAUCGACUUGAGCUCGAGUCUCGCUACCGUAGGCAACGCUCGCGCUGAAAUUCUCUUAUCAGAAGUUUUCCGGACUUUGCGUAAUUCCUUGGAAGCCGUAGUACAACCCUUUUCGCUGCAAGUGUCAAAUGAAGAGAAGAUCGUCUUUCGACCUUCGAUUCGUCUAACCGUCAUAGCCGAUUGUUCACAAUUUGCUUCCAACGUUAAUAUCAUGCCUAUGCUUGUGGAACAUCCUACCAUGCGCGUAUUCAUGCAAAACGCCGUUAUAUCCGCCCAGAAUAUCCACGGUAUUAUCAAAAAGCUGUAUGCCGAAUUUUUGGCGUUUCAGCGCGACAUUACCGACUUUCGCAAGUUCUUGAAACGAAAACGAUCGCAUAUGGGCUACGAAUUGGAUGUGGGUGGAGAAGUACUGGAUGCUACCUCGAUGCCUGUCACGGCGUCUCCCACGGAAUCAUUCACUGAAACAACUACCAGUAAUCGCGAGGAACGAUCACCGAAACGGAUUGCGUCGCACACACGAUUGGCACACAGAUCAAAUCAUGCUCAAAGUCAAAACGCAAGUCCAACCAGUUUGCACGACGUGACACAACGAAGAGACACCACUUCCUAUCACUCUUCAAAGAAGGAAGUAUGGGGUAUAGGCAAAUCCGGGGCUAGUCUCUCACGCAUCCUUCAUGCUGCCCAUUUUGCGCUCAAAUUGCUACCUCACGAUGGACGGCCGCAGCUUGUCCUAAUUACUGACGGGGCGAUGAAAUCCAAAGUCCAAGACAACACGUUUGUGCGCCAAUUUGCAGAUGAAGAUAUUACAUGCCACAUUGUUCAAAUCGGCUGCCAGAAUAGCUUUAUUCCUGGUAUAAAUUUUGGGUUUGUGCCUGAUACCGAAAUCCUCAAGUUUUUAUCGCGCGCCACUGGCGGUACGUUCGUUUAUUCAGAGCAAUGUGUCAAUAGCCGGUACAGUGCAGCUGGUGCCGAUUUACCGCCCGACCUCCACGAUUUGCAAAAAGAAGAUGAUCCGUCAAACUUGACGACGAAUGACGACGUAUCGACUACCAGAAUACAAACAGUCCCUAGGAGUGAUACCACGGUUGCGCCACCUAACGCAUUUCAUCAAAUGCUCCUCUUUCGGGAAACUGCGUUAUCGAACCCAUCGUUCAACAAUCCUUUCCAAAGUAACAAUAGGGACGCCUCACAGAUGAAUAUAACGGACAGGGGAGAAAACGCCGGAAUCGAUAUAGCAGCUAAAGACAAUUUUCCUUGGGAUCCGUAUGCAAAACCACCUCAAGAUGAAUGGCGGUUACUCAAGUAUAGGGAGUAUCCUCUCUCUUGUGAAUUUUCUCAUAUCAUCGCGGCACGGUCGAGAGAGGGCUUCGAUUUACAGACGAUUAUAUUCGAAGAUGGCACGGGUGGUAAACGAUCGGAUUGGGGAAUCGAAAGCUUGGAGACGAUCGAUCUUGCCAAUCUUAGGAAAGAACGAGUGCAAAUGACCAUGGUGCUUCAGUGGCAACCGAACAUUGCUAUUGAGUACAGGAUUCGAGCAACGUGGCUUCCGGCAGUCGGGGUCAAUUCGGCCAAGAGUGAAAUACCCGUAAUCCCCAGUAAUUUCUUUGCACGGGCUAAAGCCCCACGCGCCGAAAUAUUUGUCAGAACCGAUGCCGAAUUUGCUCACAUGUUACAAAACUGGGAUGUCUUCCGACGCCGUGCGCAGAUGAUGGGGGUUGUCACCGGGUCGACGUAUUUCGGCGAGGCUUACGCUGCUCCUGCCUAUGCCAAAAUUGAAAAGUUGAAAGCUUAUCUCGUCGAUAUUUUUGAAGGCGACGAGGCACUUAAAGGCGUGGUAGGAUUCAACAGUCGGUUUCUGUUGAAUAAUACAGCAAUGGAUGUGCUGCCGUUACGACGGGAAGAAGAUGGCCGUACAACCGUGGCUCCUGAACAAAAGCUAUUUUUUGAAGAGUUUCAUCGGUUCUGGGAACGUAUGAAUACCGCCGGUUCCAGAGAACGCACCCGGUGCUGGUAUGAUCACGACUGCAUUGAUCUACUGAUUGGUGAUGUAUCGCCUUAUAUGUCUCCAAAAUUGGCAUCCAACUACAAUCAGGAAUUCGUCUUGAACGUGGAAUCCAUUAUCUUUGACACCAUGGAACAUAUUCGGGAAAUUCUUCGAGACUGGGCUGAUUUCGAAAGCAAGGAUGGCACCCUCGUACGAAUGAUGCAUCAGUAUAUUACGACCGCUAGUACCCACGAUGAUUCGAGCAAAGAAUGUCUCUUUACUCUCAAUCUGAGCUUUCCACCGUCUUUUUGCGAAUUGAGGUUUCGGCGAGAAUACGGGCGGCUGAUGACGAUCCGGCUUCUGUUUUUCAACGUGAAUGUAGCGUCGAGGAUACGUGCCACGAAGCAUAUCAGACAACUGCUGCGACAAUUGGAAUCGACGGCCGCGUUGGGGACGCGAAUGUGUGCAAGGCCCUUUUCGAGAUUGCUGAUGCGUGAUCCGAAACACUUUCAAGAAUUGUCAGCGGGCUCAAUGAGUCCAUCAUCCAAAGGUGGAUCAGUCGCGUCACCUACGCAUCGACCGCGUUCCCCGGUUUCUGGUUUCAACACCUGGUAUCUUCCUGUGGCGAUGUGGCUCACCAGUGAAUACAUUGUGCGCGAUUAUUUACGACAUAUGACUUGGUCAUGGCAGACGGAUAAUCAUCAAGAUCAAUAUCACAAAGACAAUCGAAUGAUGCCUAUUCACGAUCUUGCCUUCCAAUUUCUGUGCCAAGCUAGACUUGAUCAGGGCUAUCAAUUGGUAUCACCACGUCCGGAUAGCACCCAUUUCUAUCAAGAGAUAUCCUUGCCUACGCCAGAUAACAAAUCGUCAUUGUGCGCAAUUCAGUACUUCAUAUGGAAGGAUUCAAACAGCGGAAAGAUCACAACAGAGUUAUGGAUGGAACCAGCUGGCAAACUGGACUUUGACUAUUACGACCUUGUGAAGCGUUGGACGGUGGAACCCGAUCGGAAAACCAUUUCGCAAUUGGUGACGUUUGAUCAAAUGCAUAUGAUCGGCCGAUCCAAAAGUAAGGGCGAUUUCAAGAUGAAGCGUGCACCUUCGGCCGACAUUCCACCGAAUGAUGGAGAAAAUGCUACCAUGAUGAUGAUGUUGCCGCAGUUAUUCGAUGUGGCUUCGGUAUUACGAUCCAACAAAUUCGCCAUUGCUUCCUUCAAAGCCCCCCAAUUCGAGACUCAGCAGUUCCUGAACUCGCCCUUACCAGAGUCAAAUAUUCUACAAGUAGAGGCGGACGAUACCGAUCUUGAGCAUCCUUCGAGAUCACGAAGUGAUUCUCAUAUCUUACUGAAACGACAGCGUCAUCAGAAUUUGAAAACGGUGGGCAUCGCGCCUACUUUUCAUCAGCCAUCGAUGGUCAAAGAGAUAUGCUUACGUCCGGAUCCAGUGUUGAAUCGAAACAAAACCACCAUCGCACAACUUGAUGUUCUUGCGCAAAACUAUUCACUCCUGCAUUACUUCAUGGAACACUCACUGAGCAACUUGGCCGACGGUGAAAUAUUGAUGUCGUAUCAUGAUAUGGGGACUGAAUUUUGGGUCGAACUGAAGAAAGCCGUCGAAGCAACAUCGAUCGGACAGUGUUCCAAUACUCAUCUGGUGACAGAUUUAACCCAAAUGCGGUGUUUCAUCAUUAUCUUUGAUGUGCGUUCCUUCGUUGUGAUUUUGUUUCCAGGCCUUGAAACAGUCGCGGCGAGUCUGUCAAAAGCAUCGUCUUCUGAUAUCCCGCGAAGAAAGAUGGAUCUAUUCAUGUUCGAAUGUUUCCGGCAAAAACCGAUGCGACCUUCUAAAAGCACCUUUUUAUUCGAUAAACCGUUGGAAGAAGCAAACCGUUUACGUCUUGCGAACAUGUCGCCCGAUGAUAGUGUAACCAUUGUUCCUGUGAAUCAUCUGGUCCAUGUAGCCGAUGGGCUGGGAGAAGUGGCACGACCGCAGCUUUACGAAGGCUAUUUCAAAAGCGGCACCGGACAUUCAAGUUUAUCGGAAAGAACGCUCCGUGUGGCGCAGGACGUGGCCCGUAUUUACUCUCGCAGUUUUUUCCGAUCUUUCUACAGUUGUCUAUUGCGAGAUGUUGCUGUGGAUGACGCCGAUUUGCCCAAGAUAUUAGAGAUAUGCCAUGAAUCAUCUAUGGAGAUAGAUAUUACUCCUUUUAUAAACACCAUGGUCUCAGAGUAUCGGAGUAACGAUAAUACCAUCCUUAGCCACGAAGAUAUUCAGGACAAAUUCAAUGCCAUCGUGCGACAGUAUUUCGCGCCAUUGAAAACGAUCAGCGGACGUAACUCGUACUUGUAUUAUUAUAAACCUCCUUUUGCCCAUUUGUCGGGGACUUUGGACCAAGGAUCGUUGGAUGAAAAGAUCUCUUUCCUUAUCGAUCUGGUCGCUUAUACUCAAACUCCUCUUUUGAUGCGAUUGGAAUGCCAUUAUGAAGCGAUCAAUGAAAAAGGCGAUAUCACCAGUAUGACCGUCCCUGUUUCCUCGAUCCCUCUGUCUUACGAAGUGCAUACAGCAGACAACCGGAAAUACAACUUCACACCCAACACGAUGGGUAACGAGGAGCUGCCAUUAUACUCGAAAGAUGCGUCAGUCAGACUGCAUUUGACAUGUCUAAGUAUGACAACCGUCGAUGACGCCAAAUAUUUCCAUCUCGAGCCGUCAAUGCAGUUUGCAAAGCAGCGUUUCCUGGAUCCUAUGGCUACCCCACCGGCAUGUUUCAGCUCACUCAAUCAGGAGCAGCAGGCAGCUUUAGCAGAGACCGAAGCGCGUAUCCGUUGGUUGUUGACAGAAGAAAUCAUUCAUGGCUUUUUACAGACACCAAACAUCACCAAACCUAUCCUGGAUUAUGUGGUGGAUCAUCUCUCUUACGGCAGUCCCUUUAUUGAUUUUCCUACAGUGAUUAACGUGCCAUUCCGUUAUGUGAAAAAUCCUACAAAGACUCGCCAGACGUUUAUGGAAGAAUUCGAAAAGCGUACCCAACGCAGCGAUUGUGUAUACAAAUUCACCAAGGUGGAUGGUUGUUUUUAUAUCAGCGAAGAUUAUACGUGUACACCAGAGGAAAAAGAAAGGUUCUCGCUAUCAACGCCAGUUUCGCCGAUCAAAGUGGAGCUCGCCGAUAGAGGCAACGAUUUGAUGUCUGUUGGCGAAAAAGAAGCUGCUGCUCAAGAGCGCGAGGAAAGUCAAGAUACCGAUUAUUGUGAAGGAUUAGGAAUAAGCCUCACCCCGCCCCAGAUGAGCUCCAAGGCCGAGCAAGAUACCCCCCGUGGACGGACUUCCAACGAUAGGCGACCGCCCUACUGGUUGAUCAUUGUACCUCGAGAGCAUAAUGUUCAAAUUUACUUUUACUCGAAAUAUCAAAUGCUGAGAGAUCGAUAUGCGGUGAUUAAGCGGACAAAGGAUGUGCUGCAAGAAAUUCAGGAACGCACAAAUCAGUUAAUUCUUUUGGAAAACUUGCAAGAGACACGACUAUGCAGUCAUAGUAAAUUUUUGGAGCCGCCCAUCGAAGGUUAUGACGAUAGUGUUAGCGAGUCUGAAGAUAACGAGGAAAAGCUGGCGCCGAUGCCUGAAAGCGAAGAACCUUUGGCAGCAGUACCCCAGUUCGAACCUGGUCAUUUUAGAUGCCCAAUGGUCUUCCUGAAGAAGCUGGCUUUACAUCCACGCUUACAACCUGAAGUGGCGAUCAAAUACUUGAAAGCCGAUGUCUUGCAGUUAUUUUUGGUCCGUAACCGUCCAAACAUGUUCGUUAUCGAACGGGAGGGAUCGAUUGUUUAUUGCAGGAUAUUCGAGCAAGCUGUUCCCGUACCCACCAGCAAUGAUGAUGAAGUUGAAGGUGAAAAGAAAGUUGGAAAGGAACAAGAAGACACAGAGAAGGUUCAGGAGACCAACGGUGGCAAAACGGCGACGACGCAAGCGAAACAGUCCUCGAAAUCUGGCGGUUCGGAAGAAAGAGAACUGGUGGUUGAAGUUCACGGCAUUGAGCUGCCAUCGUGGAUCGAGAAUGAAUUUAUGGAUUUAAUCGAGAAUCGACUGAUGUCGCAUAUCACGUUGAAUGAAAUCCAACAAUUCUUCUUGAGAAACCCCACCAGUAAACCCACGGCAGCGGAUGUUCAUUUCGUAUUUCCUUUUGAUAAACCGCCCAUGGAACGAGAAUGCUUCAGAAUCCCCGAUCUCGUCAAGAGUCCUUAUACUUUGAUUACGUUCUUCAAGCAAGUUUUGAUGGGAGAUAAUAUUCGGCCCUUUAACGGCUCCAAUGUUGUGCAAGCAGUCGCCGAUUAUUAUGAACGAGCAUUCCAUCAGAAGAAGCAACCUGAAUUUGAAGCUGUCAAGUAUGCAAGUGGCGAAAACGGAAAUGAAAAUUUUCAAGGCAUCGCUUUGGGUGAGCUCUGUUUUUAUUAUAAUUGCAGCAAGCGAGUGCCGGGCACGUCGACGUCGUUGGAAUUGACUGCCGGCCAAGGGUUUGCUGGUAUCUGUAUUACGGUUGUCGACGAUACCGGGAUGCCGGUUUCUUUGUUGAAGGAAGCUCAAAGCUCUGGCGCCAAUUUUGAUCCUGAAGUGAUUAAAAGCUGUCUUCGAGACGAGUUCAGAGAUGCCACCGUGGGACUGUCGCGCUAUCAUGUGUGGAUAGAUGUUUGGACCAUGGGCUCGACCGAUGGAGGCGCUUUGAUGCAAUACAUCUACGAUUGCUAUCGACAAAGUCUUUGCGAUUAUUUUAUCGAAAAGGUAGUAACCAUCGACCUUGGAGCCGCUCUGUCGGAAGCGGGUGCACUUCAGAGAGCCAUCACAGCCAAAUCAGAUCAACGACUAAGCACGGUGGUGCGCAACAAAUUUAUUGAGUCUGUGCUUUUUAUCCUCGAAAAAGCAACCGAAUGGAAAAGUUCGACCGUUCAUUCGAUGGAUCAUAUGAUGCCUACGAUGCCUUGGGGUAUGGAUGACAUUGUCAACUAUCUGGACGUGGAGCUACGAAAAAUCGAUGCUUUGCUGCGUCCCACGGUGGCAUGGACAUCUCUUGGAAGCGAUCUGUUACGUACAGAGGCAGGCGAUGAACAUGCGACAGGACCGCCCCAUCAGUGGGAGAUUUAUCGUGGACAGGCGUACCGACAUCGGCAGCAAUUGCAGCGUAACAUUCAGCUGGUGGCAAUCAGUGGUUUGAACGAGUUUGUGGAAAAGCUAGGCAGUGUCUCUUCUCUCAAUCGGCCCGAGCGUAGAACAAGCGUAGCCAGUGAUGAAUCCAGUGUGCACGGUCACUCUCGCCACAGCUCUGUUUCUGAUCUAUCGAAAGAUAUAAAGAAGGUUUCGAAAGUAGAGGAAAAGAGUCUGCGCAGUGGAGAACAGUCAAGGUCCUCCUCCAUUCGAUCGCGAUCCUUGUCGGGCACCUUUGGAGCCAAGCAAAGAAGUGUGCCUCAAAUGGACCCGAUGAAGCACUGUUUCCUCAUCAUGACCUUGGAUGUCAAUCGUCUGGCGGUAUACUCAUACAACUGGUCGGAAAGCAUCAGCCGAGACAUAUUUGACAAGAUUUAUCGUGUAGCGUUGCGCCAAACAUCGCGCAAACAAGUGCUUGAUAACAUUCUGUGUCAGAAAAUGGGAUUAUUCCACCACAUCGAUUCCAUUCAUACUAUUAUCGAGAAUCAGUCGGCGUUGAUGUCUUUGUCGGAUACAUCAGCUGAGACGCCCGUUACUGCUAGUGCUUCUUCGCCGCAGGUGAUGUAUGCAUCCCCUCGACAACCAAAGAAACCACGAUCGACCGAUGCCUUGAGCCGAAACGAUUUGCCCACCUCUGGCUCGGUUUCCAGACGGAGUACGACCGAUUCUGUAGCAGCCAAUAUAGCGGAUUUGAAGGACAUGAUUCUUUACCCCACCGUUGUUUUAAGCCGCGAUAUCGCACUGGAUGAUGCAAAAUUAGAUUCUGAAACCUUGGACACCGACACAGAGAAUAUUUCUAGCUUGCAAACCCCGUUACAGCGAGCGGAAUUGGAUCAUGCGUUGAUGGAUUCCACAGCCAUAUCACCUACGCCACGAGAACAGGAUAUUCUACGACGUCACGGGCAGCCGUUUUUGGAAGCUUACCUGAGACGCACCAAACUGCAAGUCAUUCAUCAGAAAGCUCUCCAAGUCUACGCCAAAUGGCGAAAGCGUUACGGGGCUCCUGAAAUGGAGAUGGAUCAGGCCGAGAAAUUGACACGAGCUGAAGUGGCGACGAUUCUACGCACUUCCAGAUUACUACACUUUUGUCGAACACGAUUAUUAUUCUUCAAUCGCGACAAGGAAUGGGCCGACGUAGAGGAUGCCACAGUUGCCAAAGAAACAGCUAUUGUUUGGUACCAAACCAUGGCAAGCGCUCUUAUGAGCGAAUAUGCGGCAUAUCUUGAAAGGCUCGAUAUGCAGUUCAUCGAUUUUGGUAACUCAGAAAUAGACGACGUCGAUAGUCUGAACCCGUCGUCGUUUGCUGUGGCGAAGAAUAUGACCCUUCAUCGCCCAUCGACUUACCUGUUGCGCGUUUUCGAAGGAGGCUCGAUUAUUUGCGAGAUUCGAUUGACCAGUGUUUUCGUAUCCGUGACGCUGUAUACACUUCAUCGACAAUACGGCCGCAUGGAUUACAGGCGGUUUCAUCAAGAAACGCGAGCUAAAAAGCGGUUGAACUUUCAAAAUUUCGAAGCAAGUUGUGGUCAAUUCAAGCAAUUGAUUCACAUCAAUUCAUUCGUGUAUGAUUUUCAUUUACGAUAUAUUCAACAGUCGCUUGAAACCAAUGCCCGAUUCCCGCAAGGUCUCAAUUUAUUGGAAGUGAUCCGUAAAUUCGCCUAUUACUAUCGUAUUCCGGCACCCUAUUCACACAAUCGGAUGAUUCACGGAUUCUACGAAGUGGAGACGAAUACUGAUAUCAACACCUUUUUUGAGAACCUAUUCAAAAACGCGCCGCGACAUGGUCUCUCGAACAUUCUUGUGGAUAACAAAUACGUUGGGGCGUCGGUUACCAGUGAUGAUUUCUCUUUUUCAUCUACCAAGCAUGACGCUGCAUCUAAAUGGCGAUACAGUUUGGUCAUAUGCCCAAUGGAGAGCGAUGAGGAUGAACUCGCCAAUCCAGGCUCCGAAUCUCAGGAUACUGCACCAGCGUCCCGAUUAAGCAAUAUUGGCUUAGAGUAUUUUAUUCUCAUUGUGAAGCAAGGCGAUAUUACUCCGGAAAGCAUGAGCAAACCGAACCGUGCGACAGGCGAAAAAGCCAAGCACGAUCCAAUGGACGAAAUUGUGCUACCGGAAGAAGGUCAUACGUUGAAGGAUAUCGUACAAAAUACGCGCAACAGAUUGGAUGUGAUCACUUCAGAGGUUAUCAUGUGCUGCAAGCGCAUUCAUGACUGGAAGCAGUUGUAUUCUGCUGAAACCAGCGAUAAUAGCUUGAGUGGGGAUGAACGUCCGGAUUUGGUUCAGCUGAUGGAUGAAUUUGAUCGGAUCGAUAUUACUGCCGUCGAUGAUAAUAUGGCGACCCUUUUCCGUCUGAAACUAGACUGGAACGUGAUAUUUGACAUCAUUCUAUACACGAAAAAGGGUAGCGCCAAGUGUAUCUGUAAAGGCGGGCGUCGACACUUGUUAAUUUACAGCGCUCGUUAUAUGGAUUACAUGAUCCAUCUGCAACUCAAUAGUAGCGAUCAGAUUGAGGGAUGGAUGGUGAGCAGGGAAACAAGAAAGGAGAAAACCCGAUUUGAAGGCGCUGAGCUAGAACAAAUCGCCAAUUUGGGCAGGAUAUUCUGCUACUUUAUGUGGAGACAAGCAGUGGCCGAUGAUAACUGAUAAACCCCUCCUAAUUGAACGGCCCCUUGCACACUAAUUUUUCUGUACAUUAACCAUCGAAUACUAGCAAGGUAUUGUUGUAUAUAUAUAAAUAGUGA